AUGUCUGAAAGAAUAAAUUGCAUUGUUAUUGACAACAGCGAAGAGUGCGAAAAAGCUUUUGAUUGGUAUGUAGACAAUUUUCAUCGGAAAGAUGAUACUGCUUUGCUGGUUCGCGUGCAAGGAGAACCAAAAAAAUCCAUAGAAAAGUUGGUUGAGGGUAAGGCUAAACGCUACAACUCUGCGUUUAAAAGACUUUCGAGAAGUGAAAAAGCGUUGGAGAAAUUUAAAGCAAAGUGCGAAUCAAAAAACAUAAAGUUUAGUCCUUAUUUGACUCGCAAACAAAAUAGCAUCGGACAAACAAUUUGUGAUGUAACACAAAGUCACAAUGUUAAUGUCAUCGUGAUGGCCCAAAAAGCAGUCAGCAAGUUAAGUCGAACUCUUCUUGGCUCAAGCAGUGAUAGUGAUUAUAUCAUGCACCAUGCUCAAGUUCCCGUUUUGAUUAUACCGACAAUUGAUGGAAAAAAUUCAUAA